AUGAUUAGAGACGUUCCGCCCUCGCACCUUGAGGUGCAUGAGUUAGAGACGCUCCGCCCUCGCACCUUGAGGUGCAUUGAGUUAGAGACGCUCCGCCCUCGCACCUUGAGGUGCAUGAGCAAGAGCAGCACGUUUGUCCUCACGCGCGUCACAGCCGUGGUGGACACGGGCGGUGGGCUCGUCACCUCCUUCUCCUCGUUGCCCGUACCAACCACCCUGUACUCUCUGUCCCUCACGUCCGUGUUCCUGCUGCUGCUGCAAGCGGUGUACGUGUUGGCGCUGCUGUGGAACGGGGUGGAGGAGGCGGUGGAGCUGCAGGGGCGAGUGAAGAGGGAGGGGUCCGUUCUCAGCUACUUCCAUUCAGGCUGGAAUUGGAUCAACAUGGCCUUGCUGCUCCUGCAGUGGCUCGCUCUCAUCACCUGGCUCGUGCUCUGGCGGGCAGUGGGGGCCAAUAACAUGGACCCGCAAUAUGACAUUUAUGAGUCGCUGCUGGAGGUGCCACGGUACUGGCAGGUGGCGGGGAGUGGAGAGGGGUUCCAGGCGGCCAUGCAUGAGUACGAUGACCUGCAGGCGCUCAUCAACUGGCGCUCCUUCUACUUUGCCCUACAGGGCGUCAACCUCUUCUUCCUCAUGGUGUGGCUGCUCAAGCUGAUGGACUUUCAGCCCUAUCUGAGCGUCAUCACACGCUCCCUCGCCCUCGCCAUGCCCCCGCUGCUAUACUUCGUCCUUCUCGCCUUCGUCGUCUUCUUCUGCUUCUCUCUGUACGGCUACCUCGUCUUCGGCGGCAAGAUGGAGCAGGUGAUCCAUUUAGGCAAGAGGGAGCAGGUGAUCCAUUUAGGCAUGAAAACUUCUCUUUCCUUCCAAGAAUUCUACCAUCAUUCCCGUUUAUGCCUUCAGGGGAUCGGCUCACCCCUCUUCUCAUCACACUCGUCCGCUCUCGUCCCUUCGCCCUACCUCGCCCCUGGCACCCCCCUUGCCUGCCGCCACCAGGAGACCCAGGAGCUGGCGACAUCCAUAGCGGAGGACGUGGGCACCAUCGUGUGCUACCUCUUCUGCCGCCUCACGGGGCGCUACGCCUCCUACUCCUCAAUCCUGCACUGCUUGAAGCAGCUCGGCGCUCGCGACUUCACCGCGGACGAGGCGCAGCGGCGCAUGCAACGGUACCAGUCGCUGCAGCGCCGGGCCAAGACAACCGUGAUUCAAGGGUUCUGCGGGAGGAAGGUUGCGGAGGUGGAGCGAGCCAAGAUGAUGGCGACAAGUGGGGCGGGGGCGGUGGCGGCGCGGCAGAGGGUGCUGCAGGUGAAGGGGCAGAGCAUUGAUGACAUCUCCCUCGCCAUGAUCCUGCAGCGCUGCCACUCCACACAGGUGCUGCCGUACUCGCCAACAGGCGGCCCAGACCAAGAGGAAAGCGUGACUAGUUCGGCUCCUGCUGUGGAGGAACUUUCUCAGCUGCUUCUGCAACAGCUAGGGGAGAAUGAAGCCCUUUUCACCACACCAAAGCCACUCAGCAAGCCAAAGCCGGGCCUGCACCAGAUCCAGGAAGAGCUGGUUCAGUCACGAGAGUCAUUGGAGGAGCUCAAGGCCAUGGUGGCUUCCCUGCAGGCGUCACUGCUGCUUGCUGCUGCCAACGGUCCUUCCUCUGCCUGCCCCCACUGCUCACAUUGCCCUCAUUGCCCUCAUCCUGAUGCCACCCACAAGCCCACCAUGCCCACUGCCGGCACCACCAGCAGCGCCACCACUACCUUGAAAUCUGCCCCACUUCGAGCUGCUACCUUUCAGGCCAAUGGUUCUUCCCCAAUGGUGUUUUUCCGGGAGGCGGUUCUGGCCGAGUUGCGGCGCGAUGUACCCAACGCCUUCCGGGACGGGGACGCUGGCUCCGGUCUGCUAGCAAUGAGCGCACUGCUCUGGGCUGUGAGGCGGAUGGAUCUCCUGACCGGCGGCCUUCGUCGGAGUGUCACCAACAUAGACAAGGUCUACGUUUCGGGGUUGAAGAAGCUGCGGACGGAUAUGGUGGCCCGGAUCAAGAAGCUAGUAGCGCACAAACGGGCGGGCCAGGUCGGAGUUGCUGCCGACGCCUGUGAUGACGAUGGCGAGGAGGUCCAUUCGGCAUUCCAAGCAGUCGGUGUCGCCCGCACCGUCGCUGAUGCGCGUGGGACCACGAUAGGAAAGCCGAGAGGCGGCGUUCACGAGGAUGAUGCGGAGGCUGGAAAGGGGGUAACUGGGACCGAGGAGAAGCAUCAGGACGAGGAUUGUGGUGAGGAUCGUGAUGAGGAUUGUGAGGAGGAGGGGGGCUCGGAGGAGGAUCGUGAGGAGGGUCGAGUGGAGUCGGCGUCGGAGUUGGAGUCGGAAGGGGAGGAGGAGGAAGAGGAGCAAAAGAAGCGGGAGGAGGUGGAGCAUAAGGAGCAGGAGCAGGAGAAGCAGCUAGAAGGGGAGCAGGAGGAAGAGGUGGAGUUGGAGGUGGAAGAACAGGAGGAAGAACAGGAGGUGGAGUCUGUAGCUGCUGGCGCGGCGGAAACGGGUGAAAGGUCGGCGGACGUUGAGAACGAGGGUUUAGCAGAGGGGAAGGGUGCGAUGUCAGCGGAUCUCGAAAAGGAGAAAGAGGAGGUCGGCAUGGAGGCGGCUCACGAGGGCAGUGGGAAUGUCGUGGUCGGUGAUCGGAAGGAAGGUAUAGACGUCGAGGCCGUAGGAGAAGGGGAUAACGCGACGGCCACGAAGCAGACGGGCGUGGAAGUGACUCACAGGGGGGAGCAGUCUAGGAAGAAGAAGGCGGCGAGCGGUCACCCCGGUUCCACCGCAGCUGGUCGGCAAGCGCGGUUGGACGUCGUCGAGCAGCUGCGAGCGGAAAACAGGCGACUGCGGGCCGACAAUGCACGACUGGAACGACGACUCUGUGAACAGACGGGACGGGUCGACAGCUUGGCGUCGGCGUUAGCUGGGGUCCUCGACAAGCUCAAGGCUUUGACCGCUCAGGUAGCCGACACCGACCGGAACUUGGCGAAGCGCCUCGAAGACGCCACGUCGACCAUGGCGACGACCAUCACCGACAACCUCAUCGGCAACAUGGCCAACGCAGUUGAAGCUGGCAAGUCCUUUGCCGAACUUGCGGCCAAGAUUCUGCGGGAUCUUGACGACCCCAACGGAAGAAUGGCAGUCGAACGCGCGACUGAGGUGAACGCAUUGGCCGAGCACGUGACGAAUGAGGUGGGUGAGGCGAGGAAGUUUUUGGAGGAGACAGUCAUUAAAUACAUUGGCGCAGCGCAGACCAACAUUGCAGCCGCCGUCGCUCCCCGCCUCGUCGUGCAACAGCCGCCGCCGCCUAUCGCCCCAGCGCAGGCAUUGUUGGAAGAGUUAAUGAAGUCCUUCAAGGAGGAUGUGCUGAAGGCGGUGACGGAGGCGACGCAGAAGUCGUUUCUCGCAUCCGGAUUGAAAAUAAUGACCAAGGUGGUCGGCACGAAGAGAGGGGGCGACGGAGGCGGGGGAGACGGAGAAGACGCCACGAGCGUGAAGCGUAGCAAGGGAGCUGGUGGGUCCCGCGUGGCCGGCGAAGGCAGCAAGGGAGCUGGUGGGUCCCUCGUGGUCGGCGAAGGCAGCAAGGGAGCUGGUGGGUCCCGCGUCCCCGGCGAAGGCAGCAAGGGAGCUGGGGACACUGGAGCUGGAGACAGUUCGGCAAAGCAACCUAAGACCGUGGUCGACAUCCUGAAGAGGCACUGGGCUACUGUGGGAUCGCCCAGCACGGGCCAUGGAGAAGGGAGUGCAGCUGGGGGUCCCGCCGACCAGAACGCCGCCGUGCCAAGUGCUCCGACUUUGGUCGCCGAGAAGCCACGAGCUCAGGGGAGCGGAGGGAAGGGGUUGAGCGACAAGGAAACCCCAGCCGCCAAAACGGCCCCAGUCGUUGCCGCCAAAACUGGCAACGGGCCGAAUGCCAAGAUAGCGGAGGCGACAGCGGUUCCUAAACAGCCUCCUGCGGGUGCACGUCAUCCGACCGGCGCGUCUCCCGAUGUCUCGUCUGCCGACAAGGAUAGCCGCGCGGGGAAAGGGGCGGCCGCUGUAAACGCACUCAAGGACCAGCUCAGGCUCCUUGCGGGCCCUAGGGCUGCUCAACAGCCUCCCCCCCCUGUCGCCGUGCCAUCUGCCAAUGUGCCACGUGUAGCGCCGGCCGUCGCCGCCCAUACUCCUGCAGACCCUAACUCGGGCGACGGGCAAGGGUGGGUCGGCAAGAUUAAGGUGCACGGCAUUAAUCGGUACAUCGGCAAGUCGCGCGAGAAGAUGGAGCUCGCGUAUGUGCACUCCAUCGCGUUCGUCGUCUACGACGGUUUCGUGAGCAAGGUGCUCAUGGACGAGCUCACCGGCUUGGACACUGCCGAGUUGGAGAGGUGGAGGAAGGUGUGGGAGGAGGUCAAGAUCUUGCUGGCAGGGAUGUGGACGGUGAUGUGGGCCCGGGGUGUGCUCCUUCCAAAGACACGGCUCAAUGAUAUCCUCGACAAGUAUUACGAGUGCAAAAGCUCAGGCGAUGCGCUCCAUGACGCGCUCUGGCCGGCGAUGUGGUUCCCACUCGAGGGGGUGCCAGAGGAGAAGUCGGCGGCGAUGAUGUCGGCCAUGAUAGGUCGCGUGUUCAUGUGCGUUGCGUACGGGAAGACCGCUGCGAGCGCGUCGAAGGAGGGAGACGAGGAGGAGAAGACGGCGAUGGCGGCAUGGGCGUUAGCAACAUCCGCAUGCGCCGUCUGGUGCUUCGUCGAGAACGGCGACGCCAAGGUGGCCGAUGCUGUGGAAGAAGGGAAGGCGGCGGCGCUUAUAGUCGGUGCGAGCUACGAGACCGCCAAAGUAUUCGAAACUUUCAUGGUGGCGGUGCUGAACGCCGAGAUCACCCGGGACCGCCCCCUGGGGGAGGUCGCCUUCAACGUCGCGCCAGCGCUGCAGAGUCUCGCCCUGCAAAGGGUCUAUCUGGGGGCGAUGCAGGAGUCGAUGCCAAGGAGUAUCGUGGUGCCGUGUGACGCGCAGAUGAAGGCCGAUCUUGACAACAAGGGGAGGAAGGGUCAGAGGGGGAAGCAGGGGCCUAAGGGGAAGAAGGGCAAGGAUGGCACGGGGAAGAAGGGGAGGAAGGGAAAGGACAGCACGACAGUGUAG